UUUUCUGGCAGUUUAGCACAUUCUUCUUUAAAUGCCUGGUUGCAAAAUUUUUUUCAGCUUAGAUUAAAAUGUUUCAGAAAUAAAUAUAUCUGAAGGAUUUGAUUUUAAAAGAAGAACAAUCAUCAGUAAAUCCUAGGACUCUUGCACACAAAGAUAGGUGGAUCCAGGGUGCAAUACUCUUAGGCUAGAAAUAAACGUUGUCAAGCCAAAGUGGAUCAGCGGAUUUGCUUUAUUGGGUGAAACACACAUUGCUUUGUCUCGCAUCAGGUAGGGGCCUGGCGUAGGACAAGGGUCCCAUCUCCUUGACUAUCCCAUACCUCCUUGCCAGGAUGUGUGCUGACUCAUCCCUCUGGAUGAAGCAUAGGUCAGCAUGGAGGUGAGGGAGCUGGGGAGUGCCCAAGGCCCCAUGCAUCCACUCUGGGCCCCAACCUCUCCACCCAACCCUCCCAUUCUUCACCUGAAGGCAUGGAUCAAUGCAAGUCAAGGCACAGGAGCUGGGAUUGCCUUGGUGCCCCAUGCCUCCACACUGGGACUUGGUCUAGGUUCCACAAUGAGCCAUGGUUUACUUGGAGGCAUGGGUUAGUGGGGGAGCUAGGAAGUCCCCUUUGCAUCAGGACUUGCACUGACCUAUGCCUUUAGGUGGUUUCAGUGUGGAGGCACAGGAAGUUCCCUGACCUUUGUGCCUCCCAGGAGUAUGUAUUUUUAAGCAAGGAAAGCUCAGGGUUCCCUGCUUAAAAAAAAAAAUGCUGGGGAAGAGAUCCCAGGGAUGCAUCUUUAUAAGCAGGGAAACCCUAGCAUUCUUCCACUUACAGUGCAUUCCAGUAAGUAGAGAAAGCCAGUCAGGAGCUUGAGGGGCCAGAUCUUGCCUGAGAAUUCCUUGAAGCAUGCAGGAUCUGGCCCCUCAGACUUCAGAAGCACCUGCCCAGGGCAGCUGGAGAGCGUGGGCAGCCAGCCAGAACUCCCACCCCAAGCAAAUAGACAUCCACUCCAUGUAAAAAGACCUGUUGCAUACUCUCUUCACCAAAAAAAAGUUUUAGUGGCAUAAAAACAAGGAAAGUUGAGCUCUGUUUCUACCCUUACAGGUGCACUAGAUUAGCUCUUCCAGUAUUUAAUUGGGAAAGGAGGGAACCAAUACAUUUUACUGUGGGGGGGGGAGGGGGGGAGACAAAACAAAAAACCCCACAAAAAACCCAUGGGGUUUUUAUGAAAACCCUGGGUCUGGGGGAUCACGGCUGCUAUGAUCUCUCAAGCCCAGAGGCACAUGAUGCCCCAGGCCCAGGGGUUUUAUGCACCCCCAAGCCUGGCAGAGCAUGGCUGCCAUGACCCCCCCCUUCAGCCCUGGGUGUUUCAUGCAUCCCCUGAGCCUGAGAGAUUGCGGCUGCUAUGAUCGCCCAGCCCUGCGGGUGCAUGGGGCACCCCUGCAGCUGAGCGCCCCUCAACUCAGGAGACUCCCAGCCAUGGAAGCUUGCUUCUUGCUGGUGAAGGGGGAGCCUGGGAUCAGGCUCCCCCUGAAUAGGCAAUAAGGUGCAAAGGGAUCUAAUGCAGGAUUCCACAAUCACACCUCCCUCCACGCACCUGUGACAUAGCAGGAGGUGUGAUUGUGUGGAUUGCUCAUUAGAUCUCAUUGCCCCUUUACCUGCUUGCAGGGGUCUGUGUUCAUAACCUACCAAGCUUGUUAGACCCAACUUAUAGUUGCCCAGAUAGUGGUUGGUAUUGACAGCUUUUACAGUAGGUUCCAGUUUCUUGCAUAGCAUUUUUCCCCAAUAAAAUGAUGCAAGUAAAUGUAUUGUCCAUAUAAAUAGAAUGGAUUCCCCAGGAAAAGAGAAAACAAAACCUGCACAGAUCUGGGUAACAUAGUUGCUACAACCAUCUUGCACAUUAUGGAGUGUAAUUUUGGAAAAUAUUAUUAUAAAAUAGUAGAGUUGGAGGGGACCUCAGGAGGUCAUCUAGUGCAACCUGCUGCUUGGGGCAAGAUGGUCCCUGACUAAAUCACCCCAGUCAACUGCCUGCCUAACUUGUUCUUAAAAAUGUUCAUGGUCUGUAGAUUCUGCAAACUCUCUGGGGAGAGCCUUUUGCAAUGCUUAACCGUCCACAUAGUGAAAAAAUAAUUCCAAAUAUCCCACCUGAAUUUCCUUUGCUGCAAUUUAAGACUGUUGCUCCUUGUCCUGUCCCUCCACAGACUAGUUUAUCUCCAUCCUUCAUAUAAUCACCUCUUGGGCAUUUGAAGACUGUUUUUCAAAUCCCCCUCCCCUCCCCUCCCAGUUGUCCCUUCUUCAAACUAGAUAAUGCUUGUGCUUUCAACCUUCCUUUAUAAGUCAUAUUUCCCCAGCCUCUAAUAAUUAGGGGGUUACCUAAAUCACGGUUUCGUGGAAACUAUGAAAUCCAGGGUUGCCUGUGAAAUCUGUGGAAAAAAAAAUCCAUAAAAAUAAGUUUUUAUUAAGUCUUUCCUUCCCAGGCAGACCUUUCAGCCCUGGAAGUGGAAAGUCCUAGCUGGCAGGGCAGCAUGAAGGGAGCAGCAGACAAGAUGGAAGGGGGUGCCCCUCCAACCUCAUCGCUUUUGUGGCCUCUCCACCAAUCAGCGCUGGGGGGUGGGACUGUUGUGAAAUCCUGGCAAAAUAGGCUUUUCAUGUUGGGACAAAGGCAUAUGACAAUGGCUUUGUCUUAUUAUGAGUUAAGACAGUCCCUACUAAUAAUGUUUUGCACUUUCUGUCUGUACCCUUUCUAGUUUGUCUACAUCUUUCUUGAAGUGAGAGGCCCAAAACUGGACAUGGUACUUCAGAUGGUGGCUUAUCAGUGCCAAAUAUAGUGGAAGAAUCAUUUCCCUUGAUUUGCAAGUGAUGUUCCAUUUAAUACAACCCAGUAGACUUGCUUUUUUGCAACAGGAGGACACUUGUGGGCUCUUACUCAGCAUACAGUCCACAGUGGCCCCAAGUCCUUCUCUGGGCUAUGAUUCUGAAAUGUUUGAAAUAAUGCAAGCAUCAACAGAUACAGCAGAUACAAACUCAGAAUAGCAAAGGAUCUUAUGAAAACAGCGCAAACAACAAAUAUGUUUAGGUCUAAUAUCAGAUUCUUUUCAUAUGUUCUUUGAUUGUACUGCUCUGUUGGCUGGGUUAGCAGCUUCAGUUAUUUCAAAAUGGAGAUCAAAUGAUGCUUUCUCUUAUGGAUAUGUUCGAGCAGAAGUACUGGCUGGUUUUGUAAAUGGUCUGUUCCUGAUUUUCACAGCAUUCUUCAUUUUCUCUGAAGGGGUUGAGAGAGCAUUGGAGCCUCCUGAUGUUCAUCAUGAAAGACUUCUCCCUGUGUCUAUACUUGGAUUCAUUGUAAAUCUCAUAGGAAUAUUUGUUUUUCAUCAUGGAGGUCAUGGGCAUUCACAUGACUCUGGGCAUGAGCACAGCCAUUCUCUGUUUAAUGGUGGUCUCAGCCACGGACACAGUCAUGGAGGUCAUGGUCACAGCCAUGAGUCCAAACAUGGCCAUGGUCACGGACACUCUCAUGAUCACAGGCACUCUCACAGUCAAGAUUAUUGUCAUGACAAUCACUCUUUUGAAGCAGCUGCAGGAUCCAGCAAACAGAUUUUACAAGGUGUACUUUUACACAUAAUUGCAGACACGCUUGGAAGUGUUGGUGUAAUUAUAUCUGCGCUAUUGAUGCAGAAUUAUGGUCUAAUGAUAGCAGAUCCUAUCUGUUCGAUGCUUAUAGCUCUGCUUAUAGGCAUCAGUGUUGUCCCGCUUUUAAGAGAGUCCAUUGGAAUCUUGAUGCAACGAACUCCUCCUCCUCUGGAAAAUGCUCUGCCUCAGUGCUAUCAGAGGGUCCAGCAGUUGCAAGGAGUUUACAGUCUACAUGAUCCACACUUCUGGACUCUUUGUACUGAUGUUUACAUAGGGACUUUGAAAUUAUUUGUAGCUCCUGAUGCUGAUGCAAAGUGGAUUUUAAGCCAGACUCACAAUAUUUUUACUCAGGCGGGAGUAAGACAGCUUUAUGUACAGAUUGACUUUGCUGCCAUGUAGAGAACAUCAUAAACGUGUUCUUUGGACCAAAGUUUUCUGGUACUGUAACAGUAUAAACUCUACUUUUUGAGGAAGAGCCUUCUCUCCCGUAGUUCAGUAAGAUUGAAUGAACUACCAUCUCUGGGCUACUUUUAUGGGAUUCAUCUCUGAGGAGUAAAUAUCAAAAGAAUGUGUUAUGAACUUUAGGUCUUGUGUUUUGUGGCCCCCAAACUUUUUAUUUUUUGUGGGGGGGGGUUGUUUUUGUUGUUUUUACUUUUUACAUUUGUUUCAAUAAGAAUAUGGUACUGCGAGCCCUGGGUCAGAUCUUCAAAGCUGCUGCUGAAACCACUGUUCCUUCCCAUAAAAGCAGUGUUACCAAGAAUUGGAAAUGUUUUGUACAUAAUGUCACAAUGGUUGACAUUCUUCAGUAUAAUCAUAUGUUUGUAAAAUUGUUUGUACUUUGCAAACUUAAUGAACCAAACCAUAUUGGGUUUUCAAAGUGCCUUUUAUAUCAGCAAAAGUAUUUGCCAGCAUAGAUGCAGAAUAUCAAGGGUUUUUAUUAUUUUUAUGCCUGUAAUUUGUACACAGUCUGACUUUUGCUUGUGAUAUAUGUGAUUUUUUUUUGUGUACUUCCAUAAUUGUAGCUGUUAAACCCCAUUUAUUGUUGCAUCUUACCCAAAUGAGCAGGAGUUAAUUUUGCUUAAAAUUUGACAUUAUCAUUGUGGGAAACUUGCUUUCAAAACAGACUGGAUAUUUUGAUAAAUAUCUCUUGUGCAAAGGGUUCUUUUAACCAAAUUAAUUGGUUAGACCUUGAUUUAACACACUAAGUGGAACAGCCUUUCAAUCUUGUUGCAGUAAUUAGAGAUGAUCUGAUGAUCUAUGUCCACAUUCAUAUGUCAUCAUAUAAACAGGAGAGGUAGUUGUAGGGAAGUGGUGGUGAUGAAAGUGCUGCCUUGGUCUGUAUCUUUGAAACAGUGACUUUUUCCUGAAUAAGUUUGGUUGUGAAACUUAAUCUCUUAGAUUGUAAUAGAUUAUGAUGGACUUUUGAAGACUAUGAAAGGGAUUGCAGAGGAAGUCAUUGCCCCUGACAGCACUGAGAACUGGGAUGGGGAGCUUUCCCUGGCAAUUGGACCAGAAGUGAGAAAUGACGACUAGCAUAUGUGCUGUUUCAGGUUACAUUCUAGGUUGACAGGUUUUGAUUUUGCUUUCAGCAUUUCUCUCUGUAAUGCUUUGUGUGUUCCAUAAAUAAUAAUAACUUUUUCACUCUUGAACAGCUUUUCCAGAAACACCCAGUUGGACCAUAUUUUCCUAGUGUCAAUAUUACUUUCCAUGUUGAAUCCAAAAUAGGUUUCUAAGACAAUCCUACUUCACCUGUUACUAUAGAUUUAGUGCUUCUACUAAAUUGUAACACUUCGUAUAUUUUCUCUUUCUACUGUUUGAAUUUAGAAACUGAAUAUGUGUCUUUGGCUUCCAGUUUUGAAGUUGUUCAUCAUUCUGAACAAGGGAGGCUCAGUUUUAUUAACUAGAAACAAAUAUGCCAUUUUUCAUAUGAAACUUUGUUUUUGAAAAAGAAAUGGGUAUUUUAUUUACCGUGCCUUGUAGAGUAAACUAAGGCAAGGAUGCUUUUUGGAAAAAUCAUAGCUGCUGGGGACUGGUAUGAAUUCUAGGUAUAUUACUAAAGUAUGCAGCUUCCACAUCGGAGAUGAUAAGGAAGUUCUUCGAGUCUGUUUUAUUCUACUCCAGUCCUAGCCCAUAUUUUCACAUUUAUUAAUUUAUCAACCAACAAUGACUUAUCUGUUCCUUGACAUGAGUAAUCCAGAAAUGAGAUGAAAAUGCAAAUAAUGAAUUCAUAUUUCAUAUAAAGCUGUGAUUCAAAUCCGUACCAAGUAAGAUGCUGUGAUUCAAAUCCCUAACAAGCUGCAGCCUAUAUUUUUUGUAGUUUCUUGCACAUAAAUGGAUUGUUGGUGUCUUUUGUUUCUGA